AUGUAUGUCAAGAAGCAAGAAAGAGGCUCUCCAGUUAACGACAUGCAGACGCAAACUACCUUUAUCGAUGUUAAUGAACGUAACAACAAAAUACUUGAAGAUCUGGUAGCUCCAUGGAGAUUAAUUACUCCUCCAAAGUACUGCAUUCAGAACACCAAUCUCGUAGAUGUGGUUGAGGGUUGCGUUCGUUCUGGGGCAUAUAUUUUCACCGAACAUGGAAUGAUUUCAGAGAUAAAAUAUGGAAACGGAAAGCUCCUUAACGUGGACAGCAGUGUUUAUACCAUAAUUGACGGUACUGGUAAGUAUGUUACUCCUGGUCUUUUCGACAAUCAUGUGCAUGUAACAUCUGUGCCUGGCGAAACUGAUCUGACGAAAACGGUAACAAUGCCUAAAACGAAAGCGUUGAUGAGGGUUAGAUAUACCCUUGAAAGUGCCCUCAAAAGAGGCUUCACAACAAUGAGAGAUUGUGGCGGUGCCGAAGGAUAUAUAAAGGCUGCCGUUAAUGAAGGUUCGAUAGCAGGGCCUCGUCUUAUUACUUGUGGCCACGCUAUUUCACAAACGGGGGGGCAUGGUGAUAUGAGAUCUGGAGAAUUACCUGGAAGUGCUUUUGAUAGCUGUUCAUGCCAUAUGAAUGAUCUUGGCGUUAUUGCCGACGGUGUCAGUGAGUGCUAUAGAACUGCUAGAGAGGAGUUUCGUCGUGGCGCUGAUUUUAUCAAGAUUAUGGGUAGUGGAGGUGUAGCUUCACCAACAGACAAAAUCUCGAACUUGCAAUUCUGCGAUGAUGAAAUAACUGCGCUUGUAAAGGUCGCAAAAACAUAUCACACUUAUGUUACGGCACAUGCCUAUAGCUCUGAAGCAAUAAAAAACUGUAUUACACUAGGUGUCAAAGGUAUAGAGCAUGGAAAUCUUUUGGAUGAAGAUACUGCAAAGUUGAUGGCGAAACUAGGAUGCUAUUUGACACCAACACUAGUUGCCUACAAGGUUAUGGCAUCAGAUCAAUUUUCAUCCUUCUUGUCUGGAGAAAAUAGGAAGAAAAACACUGAAGUACUAUACAAAGGUAUGGAAGCAUUGAAAAUAGCCAAAAGCCACAAAGUCAAAAUUUGCUACGGUUCGGACCUUCUCGGAUCUCUAGGUGGGUAUCAAACCCAAGAGUUUUUCAUCAGAAGUAAGGUUCAAACAUCUCAGGAAAUCUUACUGUCUGCAACUGUCACACCUGCAGAAAUGAAUGGUUUAGAUGACAAACUUGGUCAAAUUAAACCAGGUUUUAUUGCGGACUUACUGUUGAUGAGAUCAAACCCAUUGGAGAACAUAACAGUUUUAGACGAACCAGAGACUAACCUCGUAAUUGUUAUGAAGGACGGGAGAGUAAUUUAA